AAGUAAGCAUAUCGUUUGCUAUAGCAUAUUCAAAAUUAUGGCUCAAACACAAAGUGCCUCUAGCUCAGCCGCCAUAGGUGGUGAUGAAGCAUUGGAAGAGAGAGUGAUAAAUGAAGAAUAUAAAAUAUGGAAGAAAAACACUCCUUUUUUGUAUGACCUUGUAAUGACUCAUGCCUUAGAAUGGCCGAGUCUUACAGUUCAAUGGUUGCCUGAUGUCACCAGACCUGAGAAUAAAGAAUACACUGUACAUCGUGUUAUUCUUGGUACUCAUACUACUGAUGAACAGAAUCAUCUGAUUAUUGGUAGUGUACAACUUCCUACAGACGAUGGGCAUUUUGAUACCUCAAACUAUGAUGGUGAAAGGGGUGAAUUCGGUGGAUUUGGAUCUGUUGCUGGAAAAAUCGAAAUUGAGAUCAAAAUCAAUCAUGAAGGAGAAGUCAAUAGAGCAAGGCACAUGCCACAAAAUCCUUGUGUAAUUGCAACAAAAACUCCCUCCUGUGAUGUCCUCAUUUUUGACUAUACCAAGCACCCCAGCAAGCCAAAUCCUAAUGGUGAAAGCUGCCCUGAUCUUCGCUUAAAAGGUCAUUUGAAAGAGGGUUAUGGUUUGUCAUGGAAUAACCAAGUUGCUGGUCAUUUGCUAAGUGCAUCAGAUGAUCACACUGUUUGCCUUUGGGACGUCAAUUCUGCACCUAAAGACAAAAAGACCCUCGAUGCUAAGAGGAUCUUCAGAGGCCAUUCUGCUGUGGUUGAAGAUGUAGCAUGGCAUUUAUUGCAUGAAAGUUUGUUUGGUUCCGUCGCUGAUGAUCAAAGUUUGAUGAUUUGGGACACAAGAUCUACUAGUUCUGAUAAACCAAGUCACACUGUCAGCGCUCAUGCAGCUGAAGUCAACUGUCUUUCAUUUAACCCAUAUAGUGAGUUCAUUUUAGCAACUGGAUCAGCUGAUAAAACUGUCGCACUAUGGGAUUUGCGAAAUCUAAAACUCAAGUUACACUCAUUUGACAGUCACAAAGAUGAAAUUUUCCAAGUUCAAUGGUCACCUCAUACUGAAACGAUACUUGCGUCGAGUGGAACAGACAGACGAUUGAACGUUUGGGAUCUCAGUAAAAUUGGAGAAGAACAAUCGAAUGAAGAUGCAGAGGACGGACCUCCUGAACUGCUUUUUGUUCACGGCGGACAUACUUCUAAAAUAUCAGACUUCUCUUGGAAUCCAAAUGAACCUUGGACAAUUUGUUCAGUGUCAGAAGAUAACAUUAUGCAAGUGUGGCAGAUGGCUGAAAACAUUUACAAUGAAGAUCAAGAGAACGGAUCAGCUGGUGUUGAACUCAGUCAAGUUGAAUCUUGAAACUAUAAUGUUACGUUACACAACAUGACUUUGACCUAAAAUAUUUCAGCUUUGAUGGAUGGGCGUGAAAUAUCAACUUUAAUACAGUGGCUAAUGAUAGUGAGUUUUUACAAUCUCUCUUGUAGGAAUAUUUCAACAUGGCUAUCAAUCUUAUGUCGACUGCUGUUAUUUAAACUCUUCCCAAAUUUUCACAUUGAGGUAGACUGCCGCUUGCUGCAAUUUUAUUAGGAGUGUGAGGUGGCGCGCGAGCAUACUUUUUCUUGUUAUUUUCAAAUUUUGUUGAUAUUUUUUAAGUUAAGUAUGUUGUCGAAAGAUCAGAACUCAGAAGUAUCAAUCAAACAUACCAAAAUUUUGUAAAAAUGUGAUGUUCCAUUUACUAAUACAUUUGUUUGAUUCGGUAGCGUAGUGACACUUAUUUUAUACUCUUGAAUUUUCUUGUUUUUUUAUUAUUGUUCUGUGAUGUACAGUGUCAUUUCCUUUACCCAUGGUCACGCCUAUUUUGGGCAAUAUUUGAAUAUUAUCUGUGCGAUAUUUAAUGUGGGCAAAAUGAACACAGUAGUUCAAUAUAUUUUCCUGGAAUUGCUACCAUUUAUUAAGUUUUCAUCAUAUUUACAAAAUAGGCUCAAAAAUUGGGUUUUAAAAUUUUUUCCCAUGAUUACUGCAAUCUUGUACCAGUUAGAAAACAACUGAAUUUACAGUAUACCAAAAAGCACUGGAUAAUUGUAUUUUGGAUAGUUUGUUAUUGGGCAAUGCAAAGGAUUAAAGAAGAUAUGAUAUGAAAGUGUUCCUCUAUUUAUAAAAAUGAAUUAUUGGAGUUAGUUGGUAAAAAUGUCCAUUUGAAGAUCAUACAAGUUUACCUGCUCUUGUACUAUACCUGUAAACUGAGAAUGGUUAAUGAAAUUUGAACAACUAAAUGUUGUAAUUUUAUCAAGCAAAGAGAUAAAACAAUGACAUGCUGUCUUUCAAUAUUAGUCCAUGGGUUGCGCUGCUAUCAGAGGUAAAAAAGUUCAACAACUUUUGGAACAACUCAACUGAAUAUUGGUUAUUGAACUACAGGGGAUUCAUUUAGUCCUAUAUAAAUGAACAUUGAUGUGCUUCAUGCAACUAAUUAAUAGUGGGCGUAUAUUAAAGGUUUAUUUAAUGAAGUGAAAAAACUUGAAUUAGCACUGAUUAAAAUAAAACAAUCCCAAGCAUAUUGAGAACUGCAUUUUGAAAUUGUAACAGGACUUUAUGAACACUCUGUAUAUCUGAGAGUUACAUCAAGAUUUUGUUUCAUCUCAGUAUUUCUAUGGCUGAUCAUAAAUUCACAGUCCUAUUUGUUUACUAUCUGCUAGUGCUAAGCUAUGUUAUGAUAUUGCGGCCAGUUUUUGUUGGUUUGAUAUUCUUUUACAAUAAUGUCUUUAUAAUAUCAUGGGAUUGUUUCUAUUGAUUGUAUUUUGUGUCUCGCAUAG